UUGGAUUGGAUUCGCCGACAAGGCCGCCGACCUCCUCCUCCCUCCCUCCCUCCCUCGGCCGCUCCCUCCCCUUCCCUUCUUCCUCCUAAAUAUAAGAGGAGAGCCGGAGAGGAGAGGAGUAAUCCAUUCCAUUCCAUCCAAAAAUCCCAGGGAGGGAACGCAACGUUCAUCUCCUACGCUGCGCGCGCCUCUCGUCCGAAAACUAAAUCUGGUAACUGCUCUUGCUUGCUCCAAGGUCUCCUCACCCGUUUGGGUUAUCAUCCCGCCCAUAUGCUUUGCUAGGCUCUAGAGCCGCAAUGGAGUACGACGGCAGGUACACCAAGGAUGAUCGGAGCCUCAAGUGUGACUGCCUCCUCUUCGACCUUGAUGAUACCCUCUACCCCUUCACCUCCGGCAUUGCUGCCGACAUCGCCAAGAACAUCCGAGAUUACAUGGUGCACAAACUCGGUGUUGACGAGAGCGUUAGCUUGGAACUAUGCGUCCUCCUCUACAAGCAGUAUGGAACCACCAUGGCUGGUUUGAGGGUGUGUGCUGCUAAAGCUGUUGGAUACCAGUUUGAUUACGAUGAUUUCCACAGCUUUGUUCAUGGAAGGCUGGCCUAUGACAAAAUCAAGCCUGACCCGGUGCUUAGGAACAUUCUGCUCAGCUUACCCAUACGCAAAGUUGUGUUCACCAACGGUGAUAGAAUCCAUGCUUCAAGGGCCCUGAAGAGGCUUGGAAUUGAGGACUGUUUCGAAAGAGUUGUGUGUUUCGAGACACUGAACCCAACAUCUCCUCCUCCCGCACCAUGUGACAAACUUGAAAUCUUUGACAUUAUGAAGCAUAUGGCUCAUCCAGAGCCCGGGGUGGAGCUACCAAAAUCACCAAUCCUGUGCAAGCCAUCGAGAGAGGCAAUGCUGCUGGCCCUCGAGGUCGCCUCCAUCAAUCCACAGACAACUAUAUUGUUUGAUGACAGCUUCAGGAACAUCAAAGCUGCAAAGCAGAUCGGAAUGCGAACUGUCCUGGUUGGAACAUCCGAGAGAAAUAAAGGUGCUGACUAUGCCUUGGAAAGCAUCCACAACAUGAAGGAAGCGCUGCCUGAACUGUGGGAGGAAGCUGAGAAAGAUGAAGAUGUGAGGAAUUCAAGCAAAGUUGGAAUCGAGACAUCAGUGAUUGCAUAAUAGUUUUUUGGCGUCAAAUGUAGCCUUUUGUUUGCCAGCACGAGAUGGUUGAUCAUUAUAUUUUUGAGAGCCCAUUUCUGCACUAUCUUCUAUCUGAAAAAGAGCUACUAAUUAGAGGACAAGGAAACCAGCUCCUUGAGGGGGUGGGGACUGGGGACUAACCGAUACGAUAACUGAUGUUACGUCCCAUAUGCUACUAUGUGGUAAGGAAUAAAAUGUUUUGGUGAGGCAUUGCACUACUA